AUGAAUGAUUUUGAAAGAGGAUCAGAUGGCUCUAAAGGAAAGGAGAAGGAGUACCAAUUAAAGAGGGGUCCUCAAAAUUCAUUUCAAACUCGACCAAUCCCCGCUCUACAAUGUUGGUUGUUGGAUCAAGCUCAGCAGCAAACUGUGGCGCAAAAUGAUGACAUAACCGAACUGGAAGAAGCAGGAACACUGGUGGAAGAAGCAGGAACACUGGUGGAAGAAGCAGAAUUACUGGUGGAAGAAGCAGAAUUACUGGAGGAAGAAGUUAAGCAAAAGGCUGAGAGAAUAGCGGAGUACCGAGGCAUAAUUCUUGCUCAGCUUGAAACUGAUAUCUCUUCCAUUUUUGCGGCUCAAAGACCCGUGUUGGGGACCCGUUUUGACAACGGAUCCGUAUUCAAUCUGGGCCCUCUAGUGAUCCCUGCAGCUCCGGAAUGUAGUAAAUCACUAUGGUACCAUGAUUAUCCCACUGUUUUUUGGAUAACUGAGGAAUCCCCGAGGGCGAACUACUUACACGGAAUAAUGAAUGGUUGCUCGAUAUCUCUCUUAGAUGUUGGAGGACCAACUAAUAUUGCCAUGUUAGCUGGAGAGGAGCGGAAAGAAGCUGAGAAAAUACAGCUCCUUAAAAAGAAGAAUUUGGAGAGUGCUUCCGCUAUACCCGUUGCAUUAAAUAGGAUGAAGGAUUGUAUGGCAAGGAUUGAUAAACUACAAUCAUGCAACGGAGUCAUACAUCCUACCUUUAAAAGGAAAAGGAGUAGCUGACGAGCCUCUGCUAGCUAAAUCUGCUUGAGGUUAUGAUAUUAGCUCACAAUCUAGAAGAUUUUCAAGAUCUGCAUUCGGCGUAACAGUAUAAAACUUUGUGAAGCUGACAUGAGCAUAAACUGAUUGUGUAGUUGUUGAAAAGGAUGAAGUGUUUGGUUUGUUUUUUGGCUAUCCGAGUCAUAUAUUCCACUUUUGACAACUUAUUUUGGCAUCAAAUGGCAAUAUAUUGCAUUCACGCUAUUCUUUUCCUU